AUGAUAACUGUAGUGGGAUAUUGGAUCUUUCUUCUACCUCCGGACAUCCUGGAGGAAAUCUUCCUCAAUCUGCCCCCACAUGUAGUUGUUUGUGUGUGUCGGCUGGUGUGCCAUCAAUGGAAAGAAGUAGCCGACAGGGAGUCUUUCUGGAGAGAAAGGUGUAGAAGAGAGGGCUAUCACGUCCACAAUGCUUCCAAAGUAUCCAGUGACUGGAGGCUGUUUUACUUCUUGUGCAAGAAAAGAAGAAAUCUUCUCAAGAAUCCGAGGGGCGAAGAUGAACUUCGAGGUUGGAAACUAUUACAGAACGGUGGUAACAGGUGGAUUAUAGAGAGACCUAUUAUGCCGCAUCCAAACGAGGCAGUCCAGAAGAACUUUGUGACCUCCUUUAGCAUGUGUAUAAAGUCACAAACAAUUGAUUUGGAGAAGGAAGGUUACAGCCCAUCCUUUAUGGACGAGUUCCAGCCUCCCAUCAGAAUAUCUGACUGGUAUGCACCUCGAUGUCGCUGUGAAUAUAGGAUCUCUGUGCAGCUGCUGAAUCGCAACAAGGCCGUUGUUCAGGAUUUUACUCCUGAUACGAUUUACUUACCAGAGUUUACUAUGCAGACUGGUGAGCAGUGGCAUCAGAUGAUCCAUGUGUUCAAGGACUAUGGACCAGGAGUGCGAUACAUCAAAUUUAGUCAUGGUGGUAAAGAUAAUGUGUUCUGGGCAGGAUGGUAUGGUGUUCGAGUAACAGACAGCUGCGUUGAAAUAUGUCCAGCCUCAGACACAAUGAAUUCACUAUGAAUAGAUGUAAAUUAGGGGUGUAACAAUACACUCAGCUGAGAUUUUAAUAUUUAAAGAUUUUAAUAUUUCUAGAAUUGCGCCGCUCAAGGUGGCUGCA